AUGCCCCUUCUUCUAUCAUUCUUCCCCCACCUGCACACACUCAAGUCCGAUCACAUCGAUCGCUUUCCUAUCCGCUCUAUCUCCCUUUCUCAUCCCCUCGAUCUCUAUCCUCUCCUAAUCUCCUCCUCCUCUCUCUAUCCCCGUUUCUCAUCUUCUACUACUUCUCUCAUCAUCUCUUAUCUUCCUUCUCGCUCCCCUAUCUCUCUCUAUCACUCGCCACAUCUUCAUCCCCUGCAUGAUCCAUCUUUUCUCUCUCCUCGUCCGCAUCCUCAAUCAAUCCUAGCUCACCCUCCUCUUCUCCACAUCCCCUCCUCCCUCUAUCCUCUCCUCCUCUUUCCUCUACUGCUCCUCCGCUCCACUUCUGCCCCUCUCUAUCUUCUUUCCAUCAUGCUCCACUCCUUGCUAUCAUCCGGCCUCUCUUCUCGCCAUGCCUAA